GUACUGGAAUUCCUUCACACACUCUCACUCUCCCUCUGUCACACCCACAGCAGGUACAUUGUCACUGAUAGCAUUAGUUAGCCUUAGUGUGCUUUUGGGCUGCGCCUUUAUAAGUCUGCGCCUUUUAAGAUCCAGCAGAGACUAGUAGACUGCCUCAGGCCCCCAGGUAGAGGAUUCUUCAUCAGUCUUCUAGGUUACUUAUAGGCCUGCUUUCCUUACCUGCUGUCAGCCUGCUCACCUGCCUGGAGCAUCUCCUGGCCCAUCAUAAAACACCAGACACCUGCAGACUGACAGAAGAGACUGGAAUCUGAGCUAACUGGACUAGAGGAGGCAGCAGCCAUGUCGAGUCCAGGGGAGAGUCUAUCAUCAGAGGGCAGCAGCCCAUUGUUUCCGUCCCGCCUAGGUCUGCCUGAUAGCCCCUUGGGAGACAGGACAGGUGCAGAGGCUGGUAUGGCCUGGGAGAUGGAGGACACCAAGCCCUGCAUGGAGGCUCUUGAGCAUCGCGGCCUUCCGGGCCUCCACCUGUCCUGCUUCGACAUGCUCUUCACCGAGGACUCCACCUGGCUGGUGAAGGUGACCGAGGCUUCCUCGGGUCAGGCUUGUCCCGUGCCUCUUCCCAUAACCAGGACCGAGCACCGUGACGAGCCAGAGCAGUGCCCCGUCAUCGACAGCCAGGCCCUGGGGCUCUCCCCGGGGCUGGAGGGCCAGGAGGAGGAGCGAUCCCUGGAGCAGGUCCAAAGCAUGGUGGUCGGGGAGGUGCUGAAGGACAUUGAGACGGCCUGCAAGCUGCUCAACAUCAUCCCAGACCCCAUAGAGUGGAGCUCGGGGAACGUCCAGAAGUGGUUGCUGUGGACAGAGCACCUGUAUAGACUGCCUCAGGCCGGCAAGGCCUUCCAGGAGCUCACUGGAAAAGACCUGUGUGCCAUGAGUGAAGAGGACUUCAGGCAGAGGUCCCCUCAGUGUGGAGACACCCUGCACGCCCACCUGGACAUCUGGAAGUCAGCUGCCUGGAUGAAAGAGAGGUGUUCCGUUGGAGACAGCAAAAUCACAGGCGGAGAGGAGCUGUGGUUGGAGGCAGACUCGUCAUGCUCAGGCCAGCCCAUCCACUUGUGGCAGUUCCUCAGAGAGCUGCUCCUCAAACCCCACAACUACGGACGCUGUAUCCGAUGGCUCAACAAGGAGAAAGGUAUUUUCAAAAUCGAAGACUCGGCUCACGUGGCGAGACUCUGGGGACUGAGGAAGAACCGUCCAGCGAUGAACUACGACAAGCUGAGCCGCUCCAUACGGCAGUACUACAAGAAGGGCAUCAUCCGCAAGCCUGAUGUCUCCCAGAGACUGGUCUAUCAGUUUGUCCACCCAGUAUGAGGGGACGGAGGAGGACAGAGGUCUCCAAGGAAAGGGCCACACGAUCACACCUUGCACUUGUACAUUACACCAACGCCAAGCUGAAAAGGGGUGAAACUAACAAGCAUGCACUGACCAACCCCUGUAAGUACACAUAGCCUUUGCCAGUCUUUGCCAGUAAGUGUCAGCAGUCAAAGUUGGCGAAUUAAUAUUUUGCUUUUUUUUAAUGCAGAGAAGAAACUUGAGACUAAAAUGAAAGUGCUUUUUCUCCGGGCUGAUUCCUCUUCAGAACCACAAAACAACAAAGAAAGAAAAAAACAACAACUUUUGAACUGCCUUUUUCAUUUGCACGAUCUGCCUGUCCUUUUCCCUAUCAUAUCAUUUAAUCAAUAACCCGUAUCUUAAAACACCGGAAGACAACAUUUGAUUGGCAUCAAACAUAAGGAAGAGAAAUUGCCAUUGCCCACAGUUAUACCUUUAACAUUAUGUACCUCCUCUGGGAAUGUGGUUAGGAGUUUUGCUUCAGCUAUAGGGUUCAGCUCUGGCUUUUGGCUGUCACCCAGAGAGGCAAACAGCUCACUCUUUCUUUUUUUAAAUGAUUCACAUGGCACACUUCGGAACUCUCCCGAAAGGCUUUUACAAUAGAGCAUUUCGCUGAACCCGAAUGGGAGUGCAGCAACAACCCCCUCAUAAUAAACUCAUGCAGUCCAAGUCUGUAACUGACUGGUAAAAGCCGUUGGUUUUCCACCCUGCCGUAGAAAACAUCUAGAAAGCACCAGACCACUGUAUAUUACCAUAUAUGUCAUAUGCUCUGUACCUUUUGCUUGCGUUUAGUUGUAAUAGCAAUUUUUAUUUGAAAUGUAACCAAAUAUAGAUAGGAAUAUCUACAUCAAAAACUGUAUCCUCCACCAUCUUUACCAUUGCAAUACAGGUUCAAUUCUUGAAAACAAGCAGCAUCACUAAUCUCAUAAUUGAUCAGUGCCAAUUCUGUUGAAUUCUAUGAAGUAUACAAUAAAAAAAAUGUGGGUUCCUCGAGGGGUUUUUGGUAAGGGUGCUGGUUCUAUGUGGAACCAUAAUGACCCAAAGAACACUUGUAGACCUUCAAUGGUUCUUUGAGGUUCAAAAAAUGUACAUGUAGCAGCAGCAGCUCAUUCAAAUACUUUGGGACUUGGCUUGCUCACAGCUCUUUCUGUGCAACCGUAAGUGACUGUCCUUCCAUUUGAUCUAAUCUGUUGUGUUACGCUAUUUAUUACAUGUUAUGUAUGACUAUGGUCAGUGACAGUGUCUUGUGAAAGACUCAUGUAUGGCCUUGUGUCAAUUGAGAAUGGUUGACUAAGUCAGUAGUUCUCAAUUCUCUCCUCAGGGACCCCCAGCCGUUCCAGAGCUACCACACCUGAUUGAACUUGUUAAUAAACACAAUAAUAAAAACUAUUGCAUUUUAACCGUAUAUUAUGGCUUUUAAUCCAGAAUAAAAACCCAUGUAUGUUUCUACAAAGAACCACUGAGAUUGAGAAAGGUUCUUUAUAGAAGCAGUCUCCGUGAAGGUUCUAUAUCGAAACCAUAAAAAAAGGGUUCUAUAUUGCCCCAAAAAGGGAUGUAACCAUAGCGGAACCCUUUUUUGGUGCUAUAUAGAACCUUUUUUAUGCUUCUUUAUAAAACAUUAGGAACGGGUUCUUUAGAGCACCAUACAGGCUCCAUUUAGAACAUUAUGAGCAUGGCUUUUAUAGAAGAAUAGUUCCACAUAUAAACGGGUUGGCUGACAACUUCACGGAAAUAAUGAGCUCGCAUCGAUGAGGUAGAUGGCCGUGUGGUGUUAUGAUUCUGAACAGUCAGCUACCAACAAUGACAAGAAGCUGCAAUGUGGGGAAUCGUAGGUGGCUGACUUCGGCUCGUGUCUUGUUGUCCCCAUGUAUUAUUGCGAUCUCAAGCACAUUCUUGGUAACCUGCAUAGUUCCAGCUAGCUGGAUAUAUUCGUCUGAGCAUACAAUCCAGUCUAAACUAAAGCCUCAUUCACACCUUGUGCUUUCUAACAUGAGGCUUUCAUCAUCUGAUCAAGAUGAUUCCAUCACUAUCUGAUUAAGGUUUGUUAAGUCUGCAAAUGGUAAUAAAAUGUAUCUCUUAUACAGGGGGACAACUUUGGUUUUAGAAGUGGGGGGGACAUAAUCUGGUGGAGGGUCUGGAGGUCCUCCCUCAGAAUUUAUGGACAUCUUAAACUCAUUUCCCACAUUUCCACAAAAUCGAAUAUGACCCUUUUGGGGUCACUUAUAUUGAAA